AAAAUGGAAACGGAGAGCGCCGCCUGAGAAGCAGAGGGAGGUUAAGUCGGUCGUUUCGUGAAGUUGCUGGCGGGACAGUGAGGUACUAGCGAAGUCGCUGGGCGGCUAGGGUUUCUGUGCUAAGUUCCUCCUACACGAAGGAAACGAGGUAUUAGUCGACUAGCUUUAGGAAAAGAUGCAGAGACAGAGAAUCGGAGCUAGGGGAGUUUAGAGCUUUAUGCCAAGGUUCAACGUGGUUGGCGGGAGUUCCUCUCUUUUUCCGGCGAGUUCUUUGUCCCUUGAAGCUUGGACUGGAGUUCUUUCAACGGCGUGUCUGGUUCUAUACGAAGGAUUAGCUGAAAAACAUUUGCAUUCUUUGUUUCAUUGGAGUUGAAACGCGAUUGUUUUCUCUUUUCGUCCAAAUAUAGGUUUAAUAGCUAUCAGAAGCUUGAAGCAUUGAGCAUUAUGCACAGACAAUUAUUGUGAGAAAGAGGAGGAGAAAACGGAAACAGAUUUGUUGGUUUGGAAUAUUAACUGCCAUUCCUCCUCGAAUUGAGCUUGGCAUUUAUUAAAUUGAAAGGAGUGUGUGGCUUUUACUAGCAUUACACUAGUAAGCAUAUUACAUAUAGCGUAUCUGUAUUGACCAUCCACAAUUGGCUGUGUUCGAGACACCUGCGCUUCCUCGGUUUUGUCUUUCUUCUGUACACUAUGUUUCCCAUCUCUUCUUUCUGGUGGUGAAGCAGAAGAGAUCUCGGAUUUGAAUAUUGGAUUUAUUAAGCGAGCAACACCUUUCUGAAAAUGCAUGCUGCCUUUGGUGCAUUUGGGUUCACAAGGAAGGUGUUCUGAUUAAAUUUAUCAAUGGGACAUAUUUUCUUAGAGUUCUACACUUUCAGUGACUGAUCGUUGUGUUUGCUUGUUAGGGUCUUUUUUGUGCUUUUUAUUUUUUUAAUGUAGGAGGGUUGUAUAUGAGGUGUCCAGCUUGGGUCAAUUAAAUGGGUUUAAUAGAUGGUAAGUUAGAGCCGUGAAGAAAAUGACUAAACUGACAUCAAUUGCCCAAAGUUAUCAUGGUAGGAAAAAAGCUAGGGCAUAAUUGUCUGAACUAAUAUAGUAUAGGGGCUAAAUUGAUAUUUCAGCCGUAUUCCAUGUUGAUUCCUGCAAUCAGGUUCAUUCAUCAGAGAAAAAUCUUCAUAAGUAUUCAUUCUGUUCAAUUCAAAUCACUUUCUAUGCUUGCCCAAUUGAGCUCAUAUAUUUCAGAUUCUUCUUCUAGUUCUGAUGGAGAAAAUUCAAAUGGUAAUGUCAGUAGUUCUACUUUAGUCCAAGAUUUUUCUAAAGUUAACUCAUAUGGGGCUGCAGAAAUGCUUUACAAAUUAAGGAAUGAACCAAAUUCUGCAUUAUCAUACUUUCGGCAGAUAAAGGAGUGUGGGUUCCAGUACGAUCUUGAUACUUAUGUGGCAAUUAUUAGGAUACUUUGUCACUGGGGCAUGGAUAUGAGAUUAGAUUCUAUACUGUUGGAGGUGAUAAAGUCAGAAAAGGAGAGUUUGGGUUUUGAUGUGUCAGACUUGCUUGAGGCAUUGAUGGAAGGACUCCACGCUGAGUGCCCUAAUUCUAUAAUUCGGACGCUAGAUGCAUUGGUCAAGGCUUAUGUGAGCACGGGCAUGUUUGAUAAGUCCAUUGACAUUCUAUUCACAACAAGAAGGCGGGGAUUUGGUCCAAGCUUAUUGUCUUGUAAUUUUUUGAUGAAUCGACUUGUUGAUUGUGGGAAGCUGGAUAUGGCUGUGGCUGUAUAUAAGCAGUUGAAGAGGCUUGGGUUUAAUCCAAAUGUCUACACUUAUGGGAUUGUGAUCAAGGCCCUUUGCCGAAAUGGGAAUUUGGAAGAAGCCGCGAGUAUUUUUGGGGAAAUGGAGGAAAUGGGUGUGACUCCUAAUGAAUUCACUUAUUCUGCUUAUCUCGAAGGCCUUUGCUUGCAUGGUCUAUCUUCUUUGGGUUAUGAAGUGUUACGAGAAUGGAAAGGGGCAAACAUACCCCUUGAUGUCUAUCCUUACACUGUUGUCGUUUGUGGAUUUGUUAAUGAAAGAAAGUUUUCAGAAGCAGAAGCUGUUUUCCUUGAUAUGGAAGAGCAAGGUUUGGUCCCUGAUGAUUAUACUUAUGGGGCACUGAUUCAAGCUUAUUGUGAGAUAGGGAAUAUUAUAAAAGCUCUGAAUGUCCAUAAUGAGAUGACAGCUAAGGGUAUUAAAACUAAUUGUGUGAUUCUUAGCUCAAUUCUUCAGUCUUUGUGUCAGAAUGGGAUGGCUUCUGAGGUUGUUGAACAAUUCAAUAGUUUUAAGGAGCUUGGAAUUUUCCUAGAUGAGGUUGUUUUUAAUAUUGCAAUUCAUGCCCUAUGCAAACUGGGGAAGUUGGAAGAGGCUAUGAAGUUGUUAGAUGAGAUGAAGGGUAAGAGGAUGACUCCAGACAUUGUGCACUAUACCACUUUAAUUGAUGGAUACUGCCUACAUGGGAAAGUAUCUGAUGCAUGGGUCUUAUUUAAAGAAAUCAAGAAGAAUGGAUUGAAACCAGAUGUGGUUGCAUAUAAUGUGCUUCUUGGUGGAUUUUCUAGAAAUGGUUUCGCACGAGAGACUCUUCACCUACUGGAUUAUAUGAAGGGACAAGGUUUAAUACCGACCACUGUGACAUAUAAUGUGAUUAUUGAGGGUUUAUGUAUGGGACAUAAUGUGGAGGAAGCUGAAAAAUUUCUUGAUAACCUAAACUCUAAAUCUGAAGAAAAUUAUGCUGCCAUGAUCAAUGGAUAUUGUCAAUCAGGCAAUACAAGUAAAGCUUACAAACUCUUCCUAAAGCUGUCCAAGCAAGGCAUUUCUAUAAAGAGGAGUUCUUGCUUGAAACUGCUGGCUAGCCUUUGUUCAGAACGUGAAUAUGACAGAGCCAUGAAGCUCUUUGAGAUAGUACUGUGUUCUGAUGAUGGCCCUUGUACAUCAAUGUAUAGCCGUAUAAUAUCUGCUUUAUGUCGUGAUGGUGAUAUGAAAAGAGCUAGGUGGAUAUUUGACAAUAUGCUAUGGAGAGGAAUAACUCCUGAUGUAAUUAUUUAUACCAUGAUGUUAAAUGGUUAUUGUAGAGUGAAUUGCUUGCGGGAGGCACACAGUCUUUUUGCUGAUAUGAAAAGUAGGGGAAUUUCUCCUGAUGUUAUCACCUACACAGUUAUGCUUGAUGGACAUUCUAAAGGUUUAAAAAGAACUCAAUCCUCAUCCUGCGCAGGGGGGAACAAGGGAGGAAGCAAGAUUGCUUCUGAUCUCUGGUGUGAAAUGAAGGAGAUGAAAUUGACAGCUGAUGUCAUAUGCUACACUGUGUUGAUUGACAGUCAUUGCAAGUCUGAUAACCUUGAUGACGCUAUUCAGUUAUUCAAUGAGAUGAUUGAUAGAGGUGUAGAACCCGAUAAUGUUACAUACACUGCUCUUUUAUGUGGCUUCUUUAAACAUGGACAUAUAGGAAGGGCUGUCAGUCUUGUGCAUGAGAUGAAGGGUAAGGGAAUAGAACCAGAUAGCCUUUUGAUGAAGGCCAUAAGAGUGUGAAUCAAGCAUUAAACCUCAGGAACUCCUAUACUUGGCUAGUUGGAAAAGCUUUCAAGGAUAUAAGCUUUCAAGUUUGUCAGUCCAUUACCAAAUAUCUUGUUACGCUCUAUGCUGACUUGUAUACUCAAUGAGUCUGAUGGGCUGCUGGGUUCAUUGGCAAUUGUAGAUGAUGUAAUUAAUGAUUGUCAGUAGGGCUGCUAUCACACUGGUGAUAGGCUCAACUUCGAAGAGGAACACAUGGUAGCUUGACUACAAAUUCCUCAAUGAGGUAACACAUGUACACACAUAAAUUCAAUUGUUUUCUUUUGGUGAUUAUGUAUUUAUUAUGUCUAGUUUGAGAUACUUCUUUUUUGAUUUGAUUAUUUAUGGGCUUGUUCCAUACUACAAUGCUAGCCUGUUGGUGUUUGGUCUUAAUGGCAAAUGCUGCUGAUACUUGGGCAAAGACUUUAAAGUGUUAAAUGAAUUCCUAAUGUAAAAAAAGUUUAGUGUCUUUGUUUGUAGGCUCUCUUGCCAUUUAAAUUAUUGAAUGAAGCUAAUGUUUUCACCUUUUACUGAAAGUAGUUUCAAUUUAUUUUAUAAACCAUAAUAGCCCAUCUCAAAAAAAAAAAAAUAAAAAGGAAAAGAGAAAAAUCAUGAUAUGAAUUUUCUAUUUCAAUCAUCCUUAAUUAAUUGGAUUAGAAUCAACUGAUUGAUACUUCCUAAACGAAUAUUUAAAUUUGAUGUUUUGGAUUCUUUAUUCCAUUGGUGUUUCCUUGUAUAUCAUAUUAUACUUGUUGUGUUCUGGAAUUUUGCAACUAAACACACAAGGUAAUAUUAUAUUUGCACUGUAACAUGAAAAUCAAAGGUAUAUAUGCCAUCAUACAUAACCAAAAACAAAAGGUUACAGCAUCUUUAACAAUGCAUUGAUAAAAAAGUAUUAUCUAUAGUUUAUUGAAAUGCAAAGCUUACAAAUUUUUACGAACAUUUUGAAAAUUUGGGAUAAAAUUAUUGUCUUUUACCCAAUUGGGAAGGGUAAAUGAAAAUAAAUUAUUCAAUGCUAGUUUAUGUAAGCUGAAAGCCACUUGUGAUAGCUUCUCUUAAGCUAAAUUAAUUUUUUUAAAUGCUUGCUUACCAAACUGCUCCAAAAAGCAAAAGCUAGAUUAUAAGUUACUGCCAAACACAUUUGUUACUCCUAGCAAAUUUGUCAGAGAAGAAUCUCUCAGCUUCACCUUGAUUUGCUCUUAAUGGUGUAUAAGACAUACCUCAAGGUUAAGAGGAGUGGAUUGAAGUCAUACCUCAAGGUUAAGAGGUCCCCUUGGCUAAAAAGAUGUGUUAUGUAUAGUAUGUCAUUGAUUUGAAUUUCUUUCCCAAUAAAAUCUUUAUAUUAUUUGAAUGAAAGUAUUCCCCUUUCCCCCAAGUUCAAUUAUUCUGAAUCAGAGUUUUGAACCUGAAAUGAGAAAGCUCUUGAAUAAGACACCGAGAAUGUAUGGAAUGGAGAUGCUUUUCAGCCAAGUAGGUCCUGAGUGUGAAUGUAGGUGCAACUUAUAAGGCCAAGUGUCUGUCCUGAGUCCUGACUUUGCCAAGGUUGGCUUGUGUUGUAGAUCUUAAAAUUCCUACUUGCACUCUGUUUUUCAUGGUAGAAGUCAUUUUUAGUUGGUUUUGUUGAAUUUGGUUAUUUAUUCUGUUGAGCAUAUUUUUGUCUGCUUUCAUGUUAUUCUUAAAUUUUGAGCAGCAGUAUUUUCCCCCCACCCCCUUCUAUCUCACACAGUCAUGCUUUCUGAGUCGGUUCAGCAGUGUUGUGGAGUUCCUGAAGAAGCCCAUAUCUCUUUAGAAAGAGGAGUCUGAUGGCUGUGAUAGAAAGAUGAGGUGGGUACUGCAGCCCUGCAAGAAGGGCUUUUGUGAUGAUAUUGGUGGGAAUAUCUGCUUCAUGGAUUGGCUAUUAUGUUUCCCAGAGGCUUUCUUAGUUGCGCCAAGUUUUCACAAUACAGCCAGUGCUCUGACAUCCACCAUUCUCCCCCGCUUUCCACCUCUUCCUCCAUCCUUUCUCAAUCAAAAGGAAUGAGGAAAUGGCGAAAUGUUCUCAUCAUGUUCAGAACAAAAGCCGAAGUUAUUGGACAAACCAAUCUGAUGAUCUCCUUGUUAUUGUUGUUCUUGAUGCCCUUAGGCACUACCAUCGUAUUCAUAUUCUGAUUUCAGGGCUUGACAACUGGUGGUGGACUUGCAACUUUUGUUGAUCUGGGAUCAACUGUUGAGAAGAAUUUGAUAUAUCAGAUGGUUCACAUUGGAAAGCUGAGUGUUGAUGAUGUGAUGGGAGAUCACACUUGGUCGCUGCUGUUUCCUAAACAUUUUAACAGAUAUUAUCCAUUCCCGUCUUUCAUAUGGCAGGCCAUGGCUGCAUCAAGCAUCUAUUGCCAUUCUCGUGCAAAGUUUGUUUAGCACCUUAUCUUGGAGUGACCGACGUAAUGUUAUGGCAAUUACGCCCUCUGCUCCGAAAGGCCCGCAUUCAUUUCUAAAUUUCUUGGAGCAUGCUGGACAUUUCUUGUGUUGACUCUGCUAAAAUGAUAGAGAGAAGUGGAGCAAUACAAUGUGAGAUUUUGGAGGUACUUUUGUUAAUUUCAACUUUUAUACAUUUUCAAGUUUCAAUGAAUAAGGGUGUUUCUAUGAUACUUCUGCAUUGGAUGGAUUUAAACAGCCUGCCCCUGGGACUGGUAGUCUGGUACCUUUAAUAUAUUUAUUCAAAAUUUUCAAAUAAAAUGAAAUUUUGUUUUCUUUGAUUUA